AAUAAUGAUAAUAAUAUGAUAUAUCCAUAUCAGUUAUUUUAUUUAGUCAGCGUUACUUGUAAUUAUUAUUCGUAAUUGUUUUAACGUCGUUCUCGCCGCGGUUAAGCGCCAAAGCAUCUCGUUGCUCGCAGUCUUCGAUAAUUUAAUCGUCAUCCGUUACUUGCGCGCGCGCACAACUGCAACCUCUUCAUGUACCGUCUCGUAUGAUACUGGAAAAUUAGACUACAGACUUUAGCGCCAGUUAUACUUGUCCACCUACGGUUCCGCGGACAUAUUGAUAAGGACAUAAGGCGUUUCGCAGUUUUCAUUGCUAUUUACCGACAAUUCAUCGCGCGUUCUAUCCACCGCUGUCGAAAUGGACAAGAGGAAGUUGUCAACGUCUGGAGAUUCUCUUUAUGCGACUCUGAGUUUACCAAAAACUGCAGAAACAGAAGAUAUUAAGAAAACUUAUCGAAAACUUGCAUUAAAAUUUCAUCCAGAUAAGAAUACUGGUAACCCAGAAGCGGAAGAAAAGUUCAAAGAAAUCAACAAGGCGUAUAGAAUAUUGACGGAUCCAAGCAAACGUAAUAUAUAUGAUAAUUAUGGUUCUCUUGGAUUGUACAUUGCAGAGCAGUUUGGCGAGGAGAAUGUAAAUGCUUAUUUCUUUGUCACUUCAAAAUGGUGCAAGGCCUUAAUAAUCGGAUCUUGUAUAGCUACUGGAUGUUGCUGUUGUUUCUGUUGUUGUUGUUGUUGUAAUUUCUGUUUUGGCAAGUUUAAGCCAAACGUACCUGAAGAUCAACAAGCAAAUUAUACAAAUUUGCAUGAGGAUAGCGAAGAUGAUGUUAUAGUGAAUCAACCAUCAUCUACCAACAAUGCUACGGGAGGUCCAGCACAACAUAGUAACGCAUUUGCCAUGCCACCACCGCCUUCAGCCAACGAGACCACUGCACUGAAUCCAGAUGGUACUCCUACAAAGUACUCUGCAAGCAAAUAAAUAUUCUUUGAGUUAUUAAAACCCGUCCCUUCAGACACAUAUUCUCAAGUAUGACUGAGUAAUUGUCCUCGAUUACUGUUCUCUAGUGGAGUUUUAUCACAGAGCAUUAUAAUAAUUCAAUUUUUUCAUAUUUAUUAAUCACAUUUUAAAAUUUAUAGGUGUUUUUAACAUUUUGAUUAGUUAUAUAAAAGUGUACUACCAAUAAGUGUGUACAUAUAAAUUUUUCUUGAGUGUUUUUCUCCUAUAGCUUUUACAUGUAUUUAAUUUCGAAUAGUUAAUAACUAAAUAUAAUAUUAUUAUGAAAACCUGUUUAAAAUGUGCCAGUUAUUAAUACAACUGCUUUAAUUAAAUCAUUUAUAUGAUUUGAACAAUGUAGAAAUUUGUUUU